GGAUUAUGUAUUUAGAAAUUACAACAAACAAGAACCACAAGUAGGUCAUCUGAGAGAUCCAAAACAUGAAAUCAUCACAUAUAGCUCUAAUAUGCCUAGUCAUCUUCUCCCUCUUUGCUUUACAUGAGUGUAAGCAUAAGGGUGGAGAGAUACAUAGAUCGAUGCUCAAUAUUACAAUACCACCGUGUAUCAAAACCUUUUGCAAGAUUAAAAUGUAAUCUUUUUUUUUUUUUUUUUUUUUUUUGUGUUGUUUCAGACCGAGAGCUAAGAAGAAAUUUUGUUUUAAAGAAGAAGAUUAUCUUGAUGCCAAAGAGCUAUGCUACGAAGAAUGUACAAUAGAAUACUAAUGUAUGUUGAUUAUUCAAUUUCAGGCUUAUCUAAAGCAUUUUAAUUAUCUAUAUAUUUUAACUUAGUUUGUCUCUCUUAUGGUGAUGAUACUUCAUUGUCCACAUGUGUGUCACAUCAUAUUUUCCAUUUAACUUUUACAAUUGAAACUUUUCAUUUAAAUAUAUUUCUAAUUGAUAAACAUAUUAUAUUAUGACA